AUGGCGACGUGGCCCGGAGAUUCCGCGCAGCAGACCACACAAGCUCGCACCAUCGAGACGCUGGAUGGGUACGUGAGUCGGGGCCGAGAUCCGCCCAGCUCCGUGCCUCGAGACCACGCGAUACUGCAGAGCUUCGCGGCGUAUCUGGAGCUGCGCCUCAAGUCGCAGAACUUGUCCAUCCUGCGGCGCAUCUUCGCAGACUUCCUCAACGAGCAGGAAAACACGCUGGUGCCCAUGAUGCAGCAAGGCUGCACCAUUGUGACCAUCUUCCCGGUGCUACGAACUAGCGCCCCGAGACUGCGGAAGGCCAAGUACUUGCUGUCCAAACCCAAGUCUCCCCUCGACCCGCGCGGAUGCGUCUUCCUCUACCUGCAGUACCGCACGGUCACGAGGAACAUGGCGCUGCUUAAGCACACGUUCCUCGAGUUCCUGUGCCACAAGGAGGCGGCGCUGCUCGAGUUCGUGGAGAGGGGGAACCAGGUGAUCAGCAUCAUUCCCUUUGAGCUGCCGCGCGUGGUGCCGACAACUCGCAAACCGGCGAUGACCGAGGCCGCGUGCCGCAGCCAAGUGGAGCUGAAGCUCAAGAUGGAUGCAUUCGAGGAGCAGAUUCCGUGGGAAGUCGUUUACGGCAGCUUGUCGCCGCCGUUCGAUAAGGAGAAGUACCCGGAGCUUGCGAGGAAGUUCCAUCUCUUCUGGCACCGACACUCGCGCGCUGUGUGGGAGCGCGACUUCUGGCCGCCAAUGUCCCGCAAGACGAACGCCUUCGCCUUCAACAAGCGCAACAACCGCCAGAUCGCGGCCAAGAACGCGUUUGAGGCCGUCAUUGUAGCCGCGUACGAGCAGAUCGGAGCCGCCUUUUUUGUCAAGCUGGACACGCAGAAGCCUCUCCACCCUGGCUGGUGGUAUCGCAGUCCCGUCGUGGCGCUGUUUGCUUUCCAGGAGACUCAGGGCGAGGACGCCGUCUGGGACUACGUCAAGAGCGAGGCGCUCGAGCGCUUCCCGAACUGCGAUCUGCUGUCUCCGCUCAGCGCAGGAAAGAGCUGCCACAAGGGCGAGAGCGACUCCAUGUGGAUGGCCAACCACCCGCUCGCACCAGCAAUCCUGCGCGAAAUCGCUGCGCUCAAGGCCGAGCAACGAGCGAGUGAAGCUCGCGAUGAACACGGAGAGACCCACGACCCCCACGUCGUGGAUAUGAUGGACGCGCUGGGCUUCUGA